AUGCCAAGAUCUGCCUCGUGCACCCUGCUUGCAGAGAAACUCCAACCAACUGCCCUCUACUUGUCCGCUCUCCCUGUCCCCAGUCCAACAGCAGCUACAGCUAGCAUGUUCAUUCUCUUCUCCUUCUUGAUCCUUUUCUCCCGAUUAUCGGGAGCCAUUACUGAAAACAAUGUCAAAGCUAUGUUCAUUUUUGGGGAUUCGCUGGUUGAUGCUGGGAACAAUGACUUUUUGGAGACAACAGUCAAAUGCAACUAUUUUCCAUAUGGGGUGGAUUUCUCCUCGGGCUCUACGGGCAGGUGCACAAAUGGAAGAACCUCGGCAGACAUACUGGGGCAGUUGUUAGGACUGCCUCAUUUACUGCCGGUUUUCUACGACCCUCACACCAGAGGGAGCUCCAUUCUCGCCGGAGUAAACUAUGCCUCAGGUGGUGCCGGCAUCCUUGAUUCUACUGAUCAAAGUGGAAAUGUCACAUCUUUGAGCAACCAAAUUGUAAACUUCGGCGAAACAACAUUGCCGGAUCUGAAAAUUCAAUUGCAUGGGAGCCUUGCGCUGUCUUCCUACCUCUCACAGAGUAUAUUCUUAUUCUGCAUUGGUGGGAAUGAUUACAUGGCGAGCUGCACGUUAUCAGGCGUACCUAUAGAGUGUGACUUGCAGAGACUAACAGAAGUGCUCAUUCGAAAUUACACCAACCAGCUCGUGAGAGCAUAUGACUUUGGGGCCCGGAAAUUUGUGGUAUUUAAUAUCCUGCAGACAGGUUGUAUUCCAUAUUAUGAAAAUCACAACAAUGGGUGGUGUGUGCAUGUAUUAAACGAGGCUUCGGCUUUGUUCAACAACAAACUUGGACCUGCACUAAAAAAUCUAAGUGAGAACUUGCCUGGAUUCGCUUUUGUUUAUAUUAACGCCUCUGGAAUAAUCAGUGAGAUGAUCAACCAUCCAACUACUUAUGGAUUAAAGAAGCUCAAUGCAAGUUGCUGCUUGGUAUCGGAAUCAUCUGAAGGGGCAUUCUGUGCUGAAGGAACUGAACCGUGCCCAGAUAGGAGCAUCUACGCCUAUUACGAUGGCUUACACCCCACAGAACAGCUUUACAUGCAACUGGCAACAAAAGCAUAUUCAUCUGAGCUGCAUAGUGAAGCCUAUCCCUUCAACGUUGAAGUGCUUGCCAACCUUAACACCUCAGUGGUGCUUAGAGAGGUUUCAUCGUUACAUGUUCAUGAACACUGAGGUUCAGAAUCGGAGGCGCCUUCA